AUGCUCCGCGCUUUUGUCUUCUUUGCACUGCACUCCUUGUCCGCGUUGGCCUCCUCAUCAGGUCAGCAGAGUUCACCCUGGUUCAUCGGAUGCGUCAGCGCGAGCUCUUCCCUCGGAUUUCACGGACCCACGGGUGUCGGUGCCCGUGACCUUGACCCGGUAGCCUGCUCUGCACACUGCUUGGAUGAGGGGUAUGGAGUUGCUGCAUUGUCUUCACAGACCUGUUACUGUGGGAACCAGCUCAGUGGUUUGGUGUUUAGAGAGUGUUUCAAGACAUCUCCCAGUGAAGGAACAAAGGAUGUGAAAGGAGGAAGUGAAAGACAAAGUACCUUGAACUUACCUCUUGGAAAAGCACAAGAUGGAAGCAUGGCGCUCUACAGAACUGAAGGGCCAUUUUUGCACAACAUUAGUGUAUUUACUUCUCCAGCAAGACUGGAGGCUGGGAAGACUUUUGUCAUUGAAGUGAAAGGAAACCUCGCUGGACGUUCCAAUCAGCCGCCAGGCAUCCUGGGUCUUAGCAGCCAGGCCCUGACCUAUGUCACUGUGGAGUCUCUGGGAAUGACCCUAAAGGUCAACGUGACGGAUGAUGGCUCCUUUACUGUGUCAUCCGAUUGGAUUUUGAAUGUUGCAGGCAAAUACGAAAUAAACAUCACCGUUUCCAACCCUCUCUCCACACUCUCCUCCACCCUCCACUUGUACAUUUUGCCACCCUUUCCAGGGAACCUAACGGUGUCUUUGCUCCACGGCCCCCUGAAUGUUCCCUCCUGUAUCCCCACGGCUCACUUGGACUCUGACGGUGUGACUGAGGGUGUGGCUGCAUAUCGGGCCGAUCCCAUCACUCUGCAGGCGUUUGGAAGAAGAAACAGCUUCCCCUUCACAGCCACACUGUCUGAACAGCACAGUGCUGUGAGGAUUUUUGCAGCAAGGCAAGCAUAUCCAACAAAUACAGAUAUAAUCUUCCAAGCUGUGACUGACGUACCAGAUCCAGUGUUCGUCUGGCACUUUGGAGACUACACAUCAGCCACAACUACCUCUAGGACCAUCACUAGAAAAUACCUAAAGCCUGGCAGGUAUAAUGUGUCUGUAAUCAUGUCACAUGGUAAGAUGGCCGUUACCUCUGACAUGUUCCCGGUGGUAGUCCAGAGAACAGUGAAGCUCAACAGGUUGGUCCACCGGGCCUCGGUUUUGCAGAAUCAUACAGUGGUGUUCAGUUGCCGGGUAAAUAUGGGGACCGACAUCAACUUCCUGUGGAGCUUUGGGGAUGGAACAAGCCGGUCUGGACAGAGCACAGAACGGCAUAUCUUCCACAGAACGGGAGAGUUCAGAGUCGAAGUGACGGCAUCUAACCUGGUCAGCUCUGCUUCCCUGAGCAGCCGCAUCUUUGUUGUGGACCAGCCUUGUCAGCCUCCACCUGUCAAAAACAUGGGGCCUCUUAAACUACAGGUACGAAGAUAUGAGGCUGUCCAUCUGGGUGUGACGUACGAAACGGAAGUGGAUUGUGAUGUAUCAAGAGGCCUGCGCUACUCCUGGACUUUAUGUGACUCUGCAGGCCAGGCAGUGCUGCUGCCUCUCACAGACACACACAGGCAGAUCCUCAUAGUGCAAAGCCAUCUCCUGGAGUAUGAUACUUAUACGGCUACAGCCAGGGUUCAGGUCGUCGGCAGUGUGGUGUACAGUAACUACAGCGUAAAGGUUCAGGUGAUGCCGAGCCCUCCUGUGGCUUUCAUCCAGGGUGGCACCAACAUCUUCCUUAACAACAGGAACACCAUAGUAACCCUGGAUGGGCAGGCAUCUUAUGACCCUGACUUCCCCACGAACCCACUCAGCUACAGUUGGGCAUGUAAACCAGUGAGCACCAUCACCAGCUCCUGCUUCAACCAGCACAUUCCCACUUCGUCGCCGGUGCUCAAAUUUCCUGCCAGCUUCUUAAAAACCAACUUUGACCAGUUCCAGUUCACGCUCACUGUCCAAAGCGGAGAGCGUUCAGCUUCAUCAGAGACCUUCCUCACUGUAACAUCAAACCUCGUCGGGAAGCUGUCCAUUUACUGCCCUGAGUGUCGGGGAGACCGUGUGAACUGGGAUCAGUCGUUCUCUGUCGGUGCCGUGUGUGAAGACUGCCACAUUCCUGCACAGCACAUCCAGUACACCUGGAGUCUGUUCCUGGUCAAUGCUUCAUCCAAGCCUUUCACAGAAGUCCCGUUUUGCUACACAGUAGAUCUCAGCACCAUGUCUGCCAUCAUGGAAAGUCCUGCCACCUCUACUCUACACCUUCCUGUUACAAAUGUGUCACAGAACACCCAGACGACCCCUUAUUCAUCUUCUUCACCCGUUACCGUGGCUACCUUUGAAACCAGAAAGGGUGAUGUGGACCUGGCUGAUAGUGGGGCAUCAACAAACAGGAGUGGAGACACAUCAGACAAAGCUGGUUUGCCAGAGUCUAGUCCACGUGUUCUCAACAAUGAUGGUGUCUUAUAUUCCGACUACUUGAUCCAAGGGGACAUUAGCAGUGAAAUUUCAGUGGAGCCUGACUCCUCUGCCGACUGGGACUUUUCUUUUCGUGUUCUGGAGAGUGGCAAUGCGAGUGGUCGACUAGAUCCAGAUUAUGGUGCUCCCUUUCCAAACACAGAGGAAGGCGACCCAGGGAUGUCAGCAGGGAGACCCAGAGGUGAAGAUGGUGAGAGCUUCAGUGCAGGAGACGUCUUGAUGUUUGAUAUGGGAUUACACAAAGAUGAAGGGAGUAAUCUAGUGGAUUCUAAGCCUUUUGUGGCAAUUCAGGCACCGACUUUGCUCGACUUACCUCGAAACCCUCUGAACAGAGGCCUCUUUGAGUCCUUUACUUACACAGGAAUCUCCUGUUCUUUUCUCAAGAUCAAGCCCUUCAGUCUGAGGCCCAGGAGCAGAUACAUGUUGGAGGUCACUGCCAAAUCUCAGAGCAGGCGUGUGGGCCGGACUCAGCUGUUCUUACAGACCAAUCCUGUCCCAGAGGGCUUGGCGUGCCAGGUGCAGCCUGUCAGAGGACUCGAGUUACACACACACUUCAGCAUCUUCUGCACCUCAGGGAAGGAGGACUUAGUGUAUGAGUACAGCUUCAGUGUAGGAGACCGACUCCCCAGGACACUGUACCAGGGGAGAGACUUCCAAUACUAUUUCAGCCUUCCUUCAGGUGACCCCAGGGAUGACUAUAAAGUAACUAUUUACACAGAAAUAAGAAGCAGCACGUAUGGGUCAGCCACCAAACCCUGUCCUGUCACAGUGCAAGUCCAACCAAGCUUCCUCAGAGACGCCUCAUCUUCCUCUUCCCAUCAUGAUCCUGAUCUUGAGCUGUCGGAGUCAGGUCUGAGGAACCUGUCGGCUUUGGUGCAGCUUGGGAACAGUGUGGAGAUUCGUAACUACAUCAGCCUCCUCACCAGCAUCCUGAACAGACUCAGCCUGGAAACAGAGGCCAACACACAUGCACAGACGCACAUGCGCACUGUGCUCAUUCGCACCUUGUGUGAGCUUGAGAGCAGCGAUCAGGUGUCAAUGACAGACAAUAUUUGCAUUCUGAACGACCUGCUACGAGUUACAAGUCAGGUGACACUAGCAAGUGCCAAACGAGUAACAGCUCACAUUCAGAUGAUGUCCGAGCAGUUUUCUGCGUCUAGCGCUUAUCGCCGCUACAUUAUAAACCAGAAGGUGCUCAAUACAGCGCUCACCCUGCUUUCACGCAGCCUUCAGGUGGUGACUACUUGCACCUUCACACCUGACAUUACACAAGAAGACUCAACUGCUGAUGGAAACCUAAGAAAUGAUGAAAACACUCCAAACAGCACUGCAGUGAACUCAUCCACCAGUGGCCACAUCAAACAAGGAAGUUCACCUCCAGCAAAGCAAGCGGUGAUGCUCGUAGCUGAUAUUCUGCAGGCUGCGUCAGAGCUCAUGCUGAAGUACAUUUUGUUUUAUGAGACCAAGGAGCACAGAGUUAGCAGCAGCCUCAUUAAUUUGUAUGCUGCAUCCCAAAACAACACCUCCACAGUCAUAAACAGUGGCUCAGUCAGGGUCUACAUGCCUGCUUCUUUCAUCCAGAUUCUGUUUCUCCAGCAUGGACCGUGUGUCCUCACUGUGCUCACCGAGCUUGCUCACAGUCCUUACACCUGGGCCAAUCCUACACAGUUAAGUGGACCAGUGGUUGACCUAAGUCUUUACAAGUGCAACACGAGGAGAAGGAUCCACGUUUCCUCCCUCAUUCAACCAUUCAACACCGAGCUUCGUCACACACAAAGAAACAAAAGCUCUUCGUGGGAGUUUACCCUCCUGCGCAGCCGGGUCAACUACCACAGCUUCAACAUUACCCAGGAACACUUGCUGCAGUCCAUCCAGCUCAAUCUAGUGUUCAGACCCACAACCAAAAAGGCGUUUCCCCUCAUGGUGCUCUUCAGGAUGUUUGAAAAGCCGACUCCUAGAAUGCAUCAUCUGCACAAGAUUUACAGGUGCGAGAGCAACACCUCACGCAUCACUCUGCCCUCAUCCUACCUCAGCGCUGCAGGUGUUGGUCACUUGGCACUGCUUAAUGCUGAUUUUGGUAAAGCACCCAGAGCCAAUCACCUGACUGAAGAGAUAAGCUACAGUCUGACAGUGGACAGCAGUCUGUGUUUGUCCUGGGACGGCCAGCAGGGGGCCUGGACACAUCAGGGCUGCAGGACACAGCUAGCAGACACAGAUUCAGCUGUCAGCUGCAGCUGCCACCGUUUGAGACCGCUGACCGUGAAGCAGCAACAGAUCCAGAGCAUCCACAGCACAGCAGAUGUGAACUCGUUCCUAAGUGCAUCCACCGAUCUGACAGUGCUGGGCAUGCUGUUGCUGUUCGUGUGCCUGUACUUCGCGGGGUUGGCGGCGUGUAAAAGAGCUGAUGUUGUUGCCACGCAAAGUCAAAGGGUUCACUACCUGUCUGACAACUCUGCAUCUGAUCCGUAUCUCUACGCAGUUACAACCCGCACAGGUCUCAGCUCUGCAGCCCGUAUGAGUGCAAAGGUGUACAUAUCACUGUAUGGUGAAGAUGGGUUCUCACAGACAAAAGAACUACAAGUCCCAGGAUGCACUCUGUUCAGGAGGAACUCUAAAGAGACCUUCAUACUUAGUGCAGCAGAAAGCCUGGGCCCAGUGUGGGGGGUUCACAUCUGGCAUGACAACUCUGGACCUUCCCCUGAUUGGUACCUUACACAGGUGGAGGUAUCUGAGGUGCUCAGAGGGCAUGUGGUGGGAUGCUCUUGGCUGUUUGCUGCCCAGUGCUGGCUGGCUGCGAGCAAAGGCGAUGGCCGAGUGGAGAGGAUGCUGCGUGUUUGCACUCAGGGGAUAAACUUUGCUCAGAUGCUGCGUCUCAAGCUUAAUGACUACUUGGCUGAUUUCCAUACGUGGGUAUCCGUGUACAGCUGCCCCUCUCCCAGCUCCUUCACACAUACUGAAAGACUAAGUGUGUGUCUGCUGCUGCUGUUGGGGUACGCAUGUGUUGGUGCAGUAAUCGUCGCACAAACGGAUGAUCAGCCGCUGUUUGCGUUGGGUUUUGUCGAUGUGUCCGCUGGUGCUGUAACAAAUGGGCUUGUAAGCGUGGUAGCUGUGCUGCCCGUAGCAACAGCGGUGUCUUUCCUGUUUCGCCUGCGUGCGGUACAGCCAACGGGGUCACGAGUCCAUCGUGUAAAAUGCAGAAAGACUGAAAAGGAAUAUUCUGAAGACCCCCUCUCACUAAGUGACAGCACGUUUGACCGCCGUCUCUCCUGGAGCGGCCUCCAGCAGUGGGAUGAAUCCUGGAUGCAGAAAUACCAGGACGCAGACCUGUCGGUUUCAUACAGUAAUGCUGAUGAAGCACCCCACAAAAAACAGUCUGAAUUCCUUUCUGACAGCAGCAGGUUUCAUGAAACCCAAAGAGCUUGUUUGUCCAGGGCAAAAGAUGAAGGUCAAAAAGAGAAAGGUCUCCAAGGACGAUGUUCACCAGACGCUUCCUCUGAGAGAGGGAGCUAUUAUGAUGACAAACUGAGAGAAAGACCAACAUGUCAGCGGCGUGUCUAUUUGGCCUGGACUCUGUGUCUGCUGUUGUCCCUCUCCUGCCUGGUGCUCUGUGCAGUGCUGGGAAUGAGGUUUAACAGUGGCAAGGUUCUGCUUUGGAUCCAUUCUCUUUUCAUCUCCCUGAUGUCUUGCAUCUUCAUCAUUCAGCCAUCUUUGAUACUUGCAGUGGCCUUGGCUGUCUCCUGUUGGCACAGAAAAAUAUCAGACUUUCAUACUUUUUUCAGAAUGAGGGAAUUCAAUAUUGAGGCUAUGAAACUUUGGAGCCACAGAGGCAUUAAUGGAGCUGAAGAGCAGCUUACUGGGUCUGCUUUUCCCUACAAACGACGCUCACACCUUAAAAAGCUGCUCCGAGCUCGACAGCGAGCUCGGUACCUGGGUCUUGUACGGCCACCGACUCUGGCAGAGCUGAGGAAAACUCAUAGGAGGAAAAGAAGAGAGGCUCUUAUUCAUAAAACCCUGAGGGAUUUGUCUCUCAGCGUCGUUAUGCUUUCCCUGAUGAUGUGUAUAACCUAUGACAGCUCAUUCAGGGACCAUUACCAGCUCAACAGAGCUGUCAGAAGACACUUUGUGAGGAACCGUGAUCAUUCAUUUAUGUCGAUACAAAAGCAUGCGGAGUGGUGGAACUGGUCACAGACAGGUCUGAUAGAGUCACUGUACGAGCACACAUCAGCCAAAACAGAGCAGCCACAUAUGGUGAUUGGAGAGCCAAUCCUGCAGAAGAUUGAAAUAUCUGACACUUCUCCAACUGAGGUACCUGUUAUGACAUCAACAACGCUAUGCGGUCGCCUUAGUUGUUACUCAGGACCAAGUGCUACAGUUGGCUUAGGCCACACAAAGUCUGAUUCUGCAUCAAAACUGAAACUUCUGCGUUCAGCUGGCUGGUUGGACAGACGGACGGUGGCCCUGAAGGUUCAAUUCACCUUGUACAGCCCCACACCGAACUUGUUCACCAGUGUGACGCUGCUUGCAGAGCGGAGCCCCACCGGUGUCCUGCUGCCCUCUGUGGAAGUCCAUUCAGUCAGAGUACAUCACACUCCUACUGCCUGGGACUAUGCUGUUAUGGUCUGCAAGCUUCUCUUCCUCUUCUUGUCUCUCAUACAAAUCUCAUGCCAAGUGUCCAGUAUGGGACAGCAAGGGCUGAUUGGAUACUGGACAACACCUUGCAGCUGGGUGGAAGUCGGUGUGCCCACAGCGACACUUGUGCACUAUGUGUGUCACAUUUAUCACUCCGCUGUUAUCAUGAGCGUUGCAGAGCUGCUGGAGAGAAACAACCACAGAGGCCGUGUGGACGUUCGACUCCUGGCUUCCUGGGAACAAUUUCUCCGUACUCUGCGUGGCAUCAUGCUCUUCCUUCUCACCAUCAAGUGUGUGGCUGUGCUGAGGGUGAACAGGACCUUUGCCACCCCUGCUAAACUCCUUGCCCGCUUAUUCUCAAGUCUUUUAUGGCCAAUGAUUUCAGGUGUGAUCCUGCUGAUGGCAUCGUCCUGCUUGGGUCAUCUGCUGCACAUUCAAAGCUCCUGGGCAGUCAGCCCUAUUCACGUCCUCCUUAGGACUCUGCCCUGCGUCCUCUACCGGGGACUCAGAGCCACCAGCAAUAACAGAGGCCUCCUCCACUCUGACUGUGAUGUAUUUACCUGUGGAGUUCUGUAUCUGUCUGCUGUGGUGUGGACAGCAGUGGUGAUUGGUGUGAUGUCCUCACUGGUUAGAAGUGCCAGAAGAUCUCACAGCAGGAGGAAUCUGAUCACCAUUGCAGAACUGGCAAACUACAUCAGACUGAGGGUCUCUGAGCUGACUACUGGGCAACAUGAAGAAGCACGAAUUGAUAACCAUACAGAGGGGAGGGCCUAUUAUCUCGAGGAGUGUGAAAGUUUAGUGGACGAACUGUUGUUCAGACUCAAUGCCCUCUCUGACAGCCUGCACCUCAAAGCCCAUCGCUACAGGGAGGGCAGUCCUGUCAUCUCCCCCACACCAGAGCCCUCCAACAUGGACUCACAGGGCUCAGCAAGGUCACAGAUAAUCAUGAAUGGCACACAUUCAGAUGACCAAUGUUUGUUAAAUCUGGGAGGAACCCCAACUAUGUCUCUCCUGUUCAGGUCCCAGGCUAACAAGGACAUCCUGCAGCAGAGAGGUCAGACUGGAUGUAACCCUUCCUCCAACUUUGUUGUGGCAUCUGACGAUAGUUUAAAGGGCAAAAAAUGCCCAGAGUCAGCAGGCAAAAGUCAGACCACCUAUACAACUUCACCACCAGAGGUUUUGGUGAAAGUUCUGGUCCAUGAAGACCCUGGGAGAGCAGUCCCAGAUAAACACUAG